AAAAAUUUAUGUUUCAUAGUAUAGAUCAUGUUUCAUAGUAUUAUACAGUACUAACACCUCAUUUGCUGGUGUACAGUAAAUAUUAGGUGGUAUAGAUCAUCACCCAUAUAACAAGUUGAAGCAGACCAAAUUAGCUGGGCCUAGUUGAAGACUUGAAGCAGCCCAAAUAUUUGAUCUUCAUCUUCAAAGACUAACUAAGCCGCUGGUGUCAUAUAAAUAUGAGCAAUUGAAGCACUUUCUCUUUCUCUGCCGGUGGGUGUAAUAUGUAAAAUUAAUGAUGAUGACACAAAUUAUAAACAGGAUUCAUUUCCGUACUUGUCGUUGUAUAUGGCGGCCAUGGCGCUCCAACCACACCAUUACCCACUUUCCUUGUAUCAAAACUUCAGGACUUUCAGACCACGAAUUGAUGGUCCGUACGAUGAAAGAGUGCAUUAUACUGAGCAAUCCAACAACUGUUAUUGGAACACAUACAAGAGUCAUUAAACUUGGGUAUCAAUCAUGUCCAUCUCUUACAUCACUGCUGGUUAUAGCAUAUAUAUCCUUUAAAAAUCUUAUCUUUGCUCGUCAAUUACUCUAUGAAGCUCCUUGUUAUAACUUCAAACUGGUUGCCUCCAAUUCAAUCAUCGCGUGUUUUAUGAAGAUGAGAGACGUUGAUGCUGCCAAGAGGAUGUUCGGUAAGAUGCCUGAACGAGAUAUAAUCUCUUGGAACUCAAUGAUUGGAGGUUGUGUUAAAAACACACGUUUUCAGGAUGCUUUUGGGUAUUUCAGAAAGUUGUUAAGGUCAAAUGUGGAGCCAGAUAAGUUUACAUUUGCAUCCAUUAUCACUGCAUGUGGCCGUGUUGGGGCUCUACAUCAAGCUAAGUGGAUACAUGGUUUACUGACUGAAAAAAGGAUCAAACUUAAUUUUAUUUUGAGUUCUGCACUCAUAGACAUGUACUCAAAAUGUGGAAGAAUUGAUACUGCAAAAGCAAUUUUCGAUAGCGUUAGACAUGAUGAUGUUUCAGUUUGGAAUGCCUUGAUUAAUGGGCUAGCAAUGCAUGGUCUAGCAAUGGAUGCCAUUGCAACUUUCUCACAGAUGGAGGCUGAAAACACUUUACCCGAUGCAAUUACUUUCGUUGGAAUGUUAACCGCAUGUAGCCAUUGUGGUUUGACUCGACAAGGUCGUGAAUAUUUUGAUCUAAUGACCAACAAAUACCUAAUUAAGCCACAGCUUGAGCAUUAUGGGUCAAUGGUAGACCUCUUUGGUCGAGCCGGGCUCCUAAAAGAAGCUUAUGAAGUAAUUAAAGGGAUGCCAAUGAAACCUGAUGUUGUUAUAUGGAGAGCAUUUCUUAGUGCGUGUAGAACACACAAAAAUCUUGAUUUUGUAGAACUUGCAGCUUCAAGUAUAUCAAAUCUUGGUAGUGGAGAUUAUGUGUUAUUAUCAAAUACUUAUUGUUCCGUAAAUAAAUGGGAUAAUGCUGAAAAAGUGAGGAAUCUAAUGAGAAAAAAGAGAGUUAGCAAGAACAGGGGAAAAAGCUGGAUAGAAAUCAGUGGAAUGAUUCACCAGUUUAGAUCAGGAGACAGAUUACAUUCCGAUACAGAAUCGAUUUACAAGUUGCUCAAAGCGUUGAUUGUUCGUAUCAGGCAGGAAGGGUUUGUUCCUGUAACGGAGUUGGUUUUAAUGGAUAUAUCCGAGGAGGAAAAGGAGGGAAAUCUGAAUUAUCAUAGUGAAAAGUUGGCAUUGGCUUACGGUAUCCUAAAAUCAAGCCCAGGCUCUGAAAUUAGGAUUUCAAAGAAUCUGCGGACCUGUCUUGACUGUCACUCGUGGUUGAAGUUGGUUUCUAAAGUAUUGAAAAGGGUGAUAAUUGUGCGGGACCGAACCCGUUUUCAUCGAAUUGAAGAUGGUUUUUGUACUUGUGGAGAUUACUGGUAACUGGUAGCUUACCAGGCUUGUAGCUGGGAGGGAAGUUGUGGAAUCAAGAUGGUCAUACCUUGACAAUAUUCUUUCAAGAGUGAAGACCACAUAACCUGUGAUGUAGGUGCCAUGUUGUUAAGGAAAAUAUUAUAAAAAUUUAUUUCGUUUAAUGAACGUACGUGGUAGGUUAAAGAACAUACGUUUGAACUCUUCCAGACCUCCUACUUUCUCUGGGUAAUG